UUUCAGAAUGACAUGGGCCCUUAUUGUCGUGCUGCUUCUUUUGAACCUUGUUCAACCAAUCCAACCAUCAACCAACCCUCGAACAGUUGUUGAUUCAGUGUAUUGGAGUCUCUGCAGAGGAUUUGAUAGCAAAAAUCCUCACGUCAGAAAGUUAGCAGAUGAAAGAUGCAACUCUUAUUGUAAGAGACAGGAGUCAGCCAUCGAUGGCGGUUGCAGAGGAUACGUGUGCCAAUGCCUACUUAAAGCUACUCCUUUGUAAGCUGACUUGAUCCAGCUAUCUCAAUGUUCUCUGCAGUAGUAAUGUCUGCUUUGAGAAACAUA